AUGCUGUACGACACGUACGGGGACGGCACGGUGAAAAGCAUUACUCAGCGUGCGAAGCUGCGAAGCACGCUGAAAGGCGCGAAUGGCGAAGGCAUGGAGGCAGAAACAGCGAGCAGGAAGGUCAAUGCGAGGAUUGCGCAAGACAUUACGGCCAGCGAUCCUGCCUGUGCGGCGUUGGGUUGUGAGCCUGUUGGCGGCAAAUGCGAGUUGGACAAAAACAGAGAGCGCUACUGCAAGUGGGCCUCACCAUGUGGCUCGUGCCCCGUGGGAGCCAUCUGCAAAAAUUACCUGAAGCCCAGCACAAACGAGCUCAUUCCUUACUGUUCGUGCCCUAGCGGGUAUGGGAUGACCGCGACCAGCUGUGUUCAGGGUGGAGCUCCCACCGUCUCUUCCUUCAGCUACACAGUUAUUGUGAAUGAAACAGCCAAGGACGCGGCAUCUCGACCCUGGACCUUCCGCCUCAACCCGAAUGGGUGCACUCAGAUCCCAACUUCUGCGGCUGGCACGGUCACAUCAUAUUAUAGCCUUGAAAACAUUGGCGAUGCUCCAGAUUGCAGAAAGGUUGAUUACUUCAAUUCAGAAAAGUGUGAAGGCGAAAUCGAUGUCACAAGCUCCCCAGGCGUUCGAACCCCGUUUCUUGCAGCAUAUGUUUCAACGCCACUAGGCAUGCAGGUUCCGGCCUCAAUUCGGUGCACUCAGUAG